AUGGCUAAUCUCAGCUGUGGAGGUUCUACUGACGGUUUGCGUCCAGGCCACUCUGAGAACGAGACUGAAGACCUGCGUUCUGGCCACCCUGGGAACGAGACUAAAGCAGACAUAACCGGACAGCAUGGCAUAGAAGAGCAAGCUUCAUGCGCGGGAACUUUUGAUGUGAAGGUUGAGAAGACUGAUUCCUUGUCACCAUGUUUACAAACAGAGGAUCCUGACGAAGCUCCACUUCAAAACAAGACAACAGACACGGGCGGACAGCGGGACAGGGGAGGGAGAGAUUCGGGUGAGGAGACGUUUUAUUGGGAGGUGAUGAAAACUGGCUCGUCAUCACAGCUAGAACAUGGGGAGAGCAACAUGCCUGAACUAAAUACUGAGAAACCCUACAUGUGCGGGGAGUGUGGGUUCAGGACAAAACAGAAGUCAGACCUAUCCAUACAUAAGAGAACACAUACCAGUGACAAACCCUACAAGUGUGACCAGUGUGACUAUUCUGCAGAAAUAAGUACAGUUUGGACAUUCAUCUGGCAAACCACACCGGUGACAAACCCUACAAGACGUAAGUCCAGUUUGAACAAACAUAUGACAAAACACACUGGUACCAAACCCUAUAAAGGUGACCAGUGUGAUUCAGAAAUGUGA